AGAAUUUACUGUGUGCAAUGUGUCUUCUGUUGUUAGCACUGUUGCAGGUAAAUCAUCAUGGGUUGGAUAUUAGCUGUGCAGGGUUUGCAUGAUGCCCCCCAGCAGCUGGAGGCAAAAGUAGAAGAAGUGACAAGUCAUAGUCUUUCAUCACCGCUAGGGGGGCCCUAAAAGGAAAAAUUACAAAUAUGGUUGAGGGUUAAAACCCGCUGGGGCGGCCCUGUUAGUUACCCGCACACCCCUGAAACCCAGCAGUGACUCUAAAUUUGUUGAAAUGAAGCAUAGUUUAGUAAUGAUUUAAAGUUAGCGGUGUUGCACUUUUAUAAAGGUACAGUGUUGCGUAAUGGCAACGGACCCUGCUGUAGGCUGGCCCGUCUGCAGUCGUGCAUGUGAGCUGCUUCAGACAGGAAGUCUGUGAAACAAGUCGCAGCAUCAGUAUACUGCAGUGAAAUCCAGCUCCUGAACGCACCCCGCUGCAGCCUGCAGAGCCGCCUCACAACACUGACUGCACGCUCACCUGGACAUCUUCACUGAAGGAAGAGGAAGAGACUUAAGCUGCAGGAUGGCUCUUAAUGACAAAGAUACGACGCUUGCUGUGGGGAACCUCUCCCCAAGCCAACUCCAUUCUCACCUCAAGAUGGAGCCUAAAACUCUGGGGGCAAUCCAGAUUGUGAUCGGGGCUUUGAUUCUUUGUCUGAGCGCCUCUGUGCUCCAGAUCCAUGAAGUCCACUUUACAGGGGACGUGGCUCUCUUCUUGAUCGUUGUCAUACAGGUGACCUUGUCUGGUUCAGUGUUGGUCCACAGUGGGAGGAGACCUACUCUGUUUUGGGUGAAAUGUGUCCUGGUGCUGCAUCUCAUCAGUGCUGCGUUCGCAACUGCUGCCCUGGGUCUAAUGUCCAAACACCUCCCCUACCGCCAGGACUCUUAUCACUGUGAACACUGCCGCAGACUGGAGCUACAUGCCGUGCAACAUUGUUUCAGGAAAUGCACCGGGCUGAUCGAGCAAAAGUGUAAACUAUUGAUUGACGGGAUCCUGGGGACACUGGUGAUCUUCCUUGUGCUGGAGCUGUUGAUCUGUAUCACUGCCAUGUUGUUCGGACUCAGUGUCCUUGCUGCUGGCUCCCAGGCUCCCAGUCAGAGACCUGUCUAUCCACAGACCCGUCCCCCACCUGUUCCAGCAGUGCAGACAGUUCCAGCUGCAGCUGAGCCAUCUCAGGUGGCUGUAGUUGUGACUGAACCAGAGUCGGAACAGGUGGAGGACAUCUCCACCCCACCCACUGAACCACAGGUGGAGCCGAUAGAAGCCGGGACCACAGAAUCCUGAUCUAAAACACACACUGGUUCCAUGGUGUCGCGCCAUGUUUGUCAAAGUGUAAAUAUGGAUAUUAACUGAGAAAUAUUGUUCCUUUCAAACUGCUGGUGAUCAUUGUAAUUGGGAAUCAGAUAACUCCCUUUUAUCUUAAUGACUCAUGUACCAACUCAAAGUGACAACAAAUCUGUUAUUGGCAGCAGUCCAAAAAAUAAAAUAACAUAAAAAAUAAUAAUAUGAAUCGGUAAAAGUAAAUGUAAACGGUCCAAACAAGUUUUACAUAUAAUUAGCAGGUUGUCAUCCUGUCCUUUUACUUCUGGCCUGACAUGAAUACAGAAUCACUAUUGUCAGCACUACUCUACCUGCAGUACAACAUGACGUGGUUAUGAUAUGGAUCAGUGUUAUUGACAGUGUUGAUUCAUUCUUCAAAUCCUUAAAUCAACCGCUAACAUAAGCAUAGUCAGAGAAAUAAAAAAUAAAAAUGAUAGGUAAGGACAACUAGGAGAGAGCAAAGAUCUUGGUCACUAUUAGAGUGGGUCGUAUGUUCACUUCACACAAUACUAUGUGCACAUUUUGUGUUAAUAAUAACGAAACUAUUCUGGCUUUCCAAGGUCUUAAACCUCUCUUGCCUAAAACAUACAUGACUGUUUAAAAUUUUGCUAUUAUAAAAUUAACCUUAACCUGUAUAUUAUACUAUUUCAAAACUUAAAGCCAUUCCAGAAUUAACUCAUGAAAGAGGAAUGCCGCAGCCCAUUUUAGACCUCUUAACUUGAGGUCUACAAUAUUAAUACAAUUUCCAUUGGGAGGCAGCAGAGGCAGAGAUGAUAUUCUGACUGUUACUCCCAAGUAUCCUAUAUGUUCCAUAAUGCUGAUAAUCUCAAUAGCUUUGUUUUGUUAACUGGACUGGUUAUAUAUCUCAUCUGUAGCUGAGAUCCUGCAUGUCCACUACCUGGAUAAGCACUGUAAAAUGAAUGAAUGGAUAUGUCCACCAUUUGUUAUCUGGAGACAAUGUGACAAAUACCAUAUGUUGUGAACACAAAAUAUUAGUUCAUCAUGGAUUAUGAAGAUCUUUGAGAGAAAUGUGUCUGAAAAAGGUUGUUGUAACUACAGUAUAUUCAUUGUAGUCGCUCACUGUGCUAAAUAAACGAGACAAAUGCACUUAUUCUUCAUCAAAUGUUCACAUUUUUUUUAAAAUAAUAUCAUAAGUUGGGACUCGUGAUGUCAGUAGGAUGUAAGGAUGUCUUGAAAAAGUUGAUCUAUUCAGACAUUUAACACUCUUUUAAUGUACUGACUUGUUAGUACUGUUAGAAUUCUUUGUGGAAACCACAGGGUGGCAUGAUUAGCUGUAAAUGAAUGUAUGACCGUUUCAAUCACAGUGAAAAUAAAGUUACUAAAAAAUGAA